AGUGACUUAGCGCUCAAACCAAGAAUUGUGGGUUGAAUAAGGCCAUGUGAGCGCUUCGCAGAGAUGCAGCAAGUGCCAGCAACAGCACAGAUGGAGCAAGUGUUUGUAGAGCCUUGGGGCUUUCCUCAUAAGCGGCUUGGAAAACAUCGGCUUCCUCCGUUUUUGAGUGCAAAUGCCGUGUCAAGCAUGAAGGCAACUUGGCAGCCCAGAAAUGGGAACCGAUAUAUUGUCCUGCCACAAGGGUUUACCGCACUGGAUGCAAACAUAGAUGUCUUCGUUGCGCUUGCUGAGCGCAAACAAAUUGAACGAGUAGCAAAAGAAGAAUGUGCACAACCUGACUUUUCACCAUUGAAGCAAAUUCCCAUACCUUCGCGUUUUCUGCAAAGAGUGCUUGAGAUGCGUGUGAGCCAACCUGGAAUAGAAAUGCCUGCAACUGGACCCAUGGGUCAUUCAUGCUUUUUGUCAAAGCUUCCUCCUGAGCUUCACCCUGCAGCGAUCAGUCAAAAGCUUCCUGAGUCUUCGUCCAAACUGAUCUUGGAUGAAAAAGUCGCAGUCAUUUGUGCAGAUCCACGUUAUUUGAUCAUGAAGGAGCUAGCAAUGCUACCGACAUUGUCCGCCUUUAUGGGCAGGAAGCUUAAAGAUGAAGAGUGCAAAAACUUUUUCAGGGCAUCCCUAGAGCACAGCUUAGAUGUCCAAAACAUGGUAGCCUGGGGUAGGUUGGAGCAGGAGAGACCUCAUCAAGUUCGGCUUUUCUUUGCAGAGGACUUUGUAUUGGAGCCUGAAACAGCGUUUCGUGGGUUGGCACGCUUUCUUGGAUUUGAACAUGCGGAAACUCUUCCUACCCUUCUGCAGCAGUUGCCAGAUAUUUGUUCCAGAGGUCUUUUCAACAAUUGCAAUGGGCCUGAAAUGAAAGUCAUCGAGGGAUUGACGGGAACAUUUGAGCAUGAGUUGGCCAAGCUGCCAUUUGAUAUACAAGCUAGCUGGCAAGAUCAGAUCUCGAAUUUGAAAACUCUUCCAAAUCAACGUCUCGCCACUCUGGGCCACUUGGUUGCAAAGCAUGGGCAGUGGGAGCUACCUCGUUGGUGGAUCGCGCACAGUGCACUGCUUUGCAAGCCAUGCACAUUUGCAACCCGCGGUUUGUGCCGCAAUGGAGACCUCUGUGGCUUUUGCCAUGCGCCGGAUCACCAUCGUUCAAAUCGGCCUAGCAAGAAGGAACGUCAGCGUCGAGACCGCAGAAGGCAGGCAAUGGCCAGAACUCCAUCUCCACCAGGUCUUUCAAGUUGACAACUGUUACUGUAAGUGGUAACCCUCAGCACCUUAGGAUCUUCAAGUGAAACAAUUGUCCAUAGUUCUGUGAGUUCAUAUCUAAAUCCUGUACAGUCCUGACCUGGCCUUGGAAUCUGAUGGGCGAGGUUGGCUUCAGCUUAAUGAUCUGAGACGCUGCAAAGCAGAGUCUCGAAGGCAGUCUUCAGGAGCCUGGCCGGCACAGAUUGGUUUGCUUGCUGAAGAGAGUAA